CUAAUGGGAGGGACACGCCGAGAGCGGACCUCCCGUUAGCGCGCCCCUCGGCCUACAAGAUGAGCUCCAAGGCCAAGAAACGCGUGGUGCUGCCCACGCGCCCGGCGCCUCCCACGGUGGAGCAGAUCCUGGAGGACGUGCGGGGGGCGCCCGCCCACGAUCCCGUUUUCACCGCCCUGGCCCCAGAAGACCCCCCAGACCCAUCCCCAAGGGCGGAAGACCCUGAGACCCAGGAGGAGCAGCUCUACCAGCAGAGCCGGGCCUAUGUGGCCAUGAAUGAGAGGCUGCGGCAGGCUGGGGACACGCUGAGGCAGAAGUUUGAUGACCUUCGGCAGGCCGGCCACAGGCUGGAACAGGAUGUUAGCCAGCUGACCUCGGCCACCUCCUAAAGCUGAGCUGUAUGGUGACGAUGCCCUCUGCCCAGGCCUGCGCACCUGGCAACC